ACAAAUAAGAACAAUUGAGGCUCAAGUCAUGGAAAUGAAUGAGAACAUUGAAGCUUACUGAAAUUUUCUGCUUCUUAUAAAAAAGAGUGUAUACGUUUUUGCAUGUCAGCAGUUUGAGAACAAAGUAAAACUUCAAUAUUGGGCUUUGAGGAACAAAUCAAGGGAUCAUUUCUGAACUUCUUAAUUUUAGUUAGCUUCAGGACAGUAAAAAAAAUUAGUAUGACGUCACGCCUAUUCUAAUGGUGAUUCUAUUUUGGCCUUUUUAUUUAUUUGUCACAUAAUUUUACACAUCACAUAAACUUUUUCUUAAAUUCAUGUUCCACCUUUUUAGCUUUUUCCAGGCAUGGAAAUUUAUGAUGUUGUAAUCUGGGACUGGAUGAGCCAUUCAAAUAUUUUAUUCCAAUUGUCCUCCAAUGCUCUGACAAACAUUUGGCCAAGUUUUGUACUAUACUUUUGGAGCUAAAGGCCAAAACGCCCGAACUUGUUGCCCGUGAGAGGACCGAUUUUAUUGUGCUCGUAACUUUACAGCAUGCGCACUGACCGGAAACCGCAUUUCACUUCGGGGUAAAUUGCUUACAUAAGAUCCUGCAUUGGUUUGAAUUUUAACUUCCCUUUGACCACCCGAAUUGAGUUUCAUAUGACUGAAGUAAUAAAAACUUAUAUAGCCAAACGGACAUGAGAAUCACACCUGGGACUGAAAUGACUCAAACUGGCUUCAAUUUUCUUGUAAACGCAUUAUUAUAAGAUGUUUUCUUUUUAAUUUGCAACCAAAUUAUUAUUAUCUAUUACCUUAUUUCUCACCCAUGGGAGCAAUUACUCCUUGUAUAUUAACAUGCGUUGCUUAAAAAAUAAUUACACGUGACAUAAGUUAUCAAAUUAUAAAUAAUUACUCACAUUCAAGCCAAUAUGCAUGGAUGGAAUAAUAAUUACUUUCUUGUUAAUAUAAUCGAUGAUGUGUGAAUUUUACAUAAAUUCAUGUAAAUUAUUGAUAGUUAACAUUUUUUUAAAAAAAAAUACUAAAAAAUUUAAAUGCAUCCAUGCAAGUGUAUUUUUAAAAUUCUGUAACAUUCACGCACAUUGAAAAAAGAAAAGAAAAAAAAAAGAAAUUAGGCUUCUUGGUAUUAAAAUACGAUAUUUAUUGCAUGUCAAGAUACCAACAUAAAAUUGGAAGGAUAAAACCUGUGAUGUUUUCAAAAGAUGGAUACUGAGUUUGAAGGUCGUUUUCAGAAUAAAAUUUCGUAUUUUAUUUACGUCGUUUGACGUAUCUUCAACGUUGCUUGCUGGUUCACCGCUUAGUUGAUUUUAUGUUUGAAAUUGGUUUUAUUUAUGCAUACUGAAAAAAACGUUAUCAUAUAGGUAUCACAGAAGUUCACAGAAGGGACAUUAACCAAAGAAAAAAUAAAUAAAGACAGUAUCAUAACCAAUAAAGACAGUAUUAUAACCAAAUAAAGACAGUAUUAUAACCAAAUAAAGACAGUAUUAUAACCAAAUAAAGACAGUAUUAUAACCAAAUAAAGACAGUAUCAUAACCAAAUAAAGACAGUAUCAUAACCAAAUAAAGACAGUAUCAUAACCAAGUAAAGACAGUAUCAUAACCAAAUAAAGACAGUAUCAUAACCAAGUAAAGACAGUAUCAUAACCAAAUAAAGACAGUAUCAUAACCAAAUAAAGACAGUAUCAUAACCAAAUAAAGACAGUAUCAUAACCAAAUAAAGACAGUAUCAUAACCAAGUAAAGACAGUAUCAUAACCAAAUAAAGACAGUAUCAUAACCAAAUAAAGACAGUAUCAUAACCAAAUAAAGACAGUAUCAUAACCAAAUAAAGACAGUAUCCUAACCAAGUAAAAACAGUAUCCUAACCAAGUAAAAACAGUAUCCUAACCAAAUAAAGACAGUAUCAUAACCAAAUAAAGACAGGAUCCUAACCAAAUAAAGACAGCAUCAAAACCAAAUAAAGACAGUAUCAUAACCAAAUAAAGACGGUAUCAUAACCAAAUAAAGACAGUAUCAUAACCAAAUAAAGACAGCAUCAUAACCAAGUAAAGACAGUAUCAUAACCAAGUAAAGACAGUAUCAUAACCAAAUAAAGACAGUAUCAUAACCAAAUAAAGACAGUAUCAUAACCAAAUAAAGACAGUAUCAUAACCAAAUAAAGACAGUAUCAUAAACUGUUUUGAAGCAUCUUAUGAUAUGGCAUUUAAUGGCGUUCUAUUCGUUUUUGCCUUAAUAAAGUUAGCUGCUGCAUCAAAAAAUAACUUUGUGAUUGGUUUAUUCUCCAUUACUGAUGAAAACGAUCAAAGCCAAAUAGAUAUGCAAAGUUUAUCUGAACUUAAGUAUUUCAAAUAUAUAUUUUCAACAUCGCAAAGAAACGAAUUUAUUCCAUACGAUAUCAAACAGAGCAAACAGAAGCUUCUUUCUAUACUUUUAGAGUUUUUAUUAGACGCAUACUACGAGAAGAAAACAUUUACUUUCUUUUCGCAUUUGUCGGAAGAGCUGACUCUCCUGACACAUGCUGUAUUAAGCCAGCAAAACAUUAGGUACAUCGCAUUUACGGAUAAGGAGAUAUUUCCACCUCCUCGGGGGAGUGCAACAAUGUUUUUGUUUCCUUAUCAACCUAUGUUGUAUUUUACAGAACGGCUUAUUCAGUCAAGGAUAAGAAAUUUGUUUAUAUUUGAUAUAUGCCUUGGUACUACCUCGUGUGUAACGAACUUUGAUAGGUUGACAGAGAGAACAGACAUAUGUUUCAAACAAAAAUCAUUCUCAAUUAUAAACAUGAACACAAUGAAAGAGGUGCGAAAUCGUAUAAUGGAUCUUAACGCAAUACCAAGAAAUCCAGAAGACGUUUCUCCUGAACCUAACCACGAAUCAAAACCGCUCUUCACUUCAAGUAACAAAUUAUCAGGAAACCCUUCCCUAAAGAGAAACCAAUCAGAACCGUUAUAUCUCCUUAAUAAUCAUUUCCCUAAUUAUGAUUUGUGGAUAAAAGACCUUCCUGAUCGAAGACAGCACGCUAUUUUUCCUUUUCAAGAAUUAAACUAUCCUUACGCAAUAAGGGACUAUUGCAUAAAUAUCUCUAUCGUCGAAGAUGUCAACAGCUCGAAUUGCAAUGUAAAACGAUAUGUAAAUCAGGCGUUUCGUAUACAAGUUGAACUAAUCGAAGCCCCUCAAGGUGCAGGAAGAUUCUUUGACAGGUACGACUAUCAAAUAGAAAAAGACAGAACAGCGUUAGGAGUAUCUUUGAAAGGUGAAAGUCCGCAAUGUGAUACAGUCCUCUGCGAUGCAGGAAAGUUUUUAAGGCAUGGUUUUUAUAAAGAAGAGUUUUGGAACAUCAGCUAUGGCUGGCAUUGUAGGCUAUGUGAAGGAAACACAGUGAAACCUUGUGAAGGUAACACCAAAUGUAUUCGUUGUGAGAGAGGAUACAAGGCUAACGCUAAUAAAACGACCUGCGAGGAUACGUACAGGGUGGUUUACAUACGCUAUCGUGAUACCAAGAGCAUUAUGAUGCUAUUGUUUUCGUUUAUCACGUGUGUUGCUAUAGCAUCAACCAUUGUUUUGUUUUCCAAGUACCGCUUAACACCAGUCAUGAAAACCACUGACUUUUUUACAGUUAUCUUGCCAGUUUGUUCUGUUAAUAACAUUGCCUUUUCUUUUUAUUGGGCGGCCACAUAUAUGGUCAUGCGCAUUGAGACCCAUAACAAUUGGUGUACUUCUUACCAUAGCAACAGGUACCACUCUGAGUAAGGUCCAGUCUUUA